CCCUGGCCUACUAGAGGACGCUCUUGUGCCCGCGGCCGGCUUCCAUUGAGUCAGACAGCUGAGUCACUCACCGACACUAAGUGCACUUCAAACUAGGACGCUUCAGUCUUUGGAGCGGCGACCGCAGAGCGAAUGUGAAGUGCGAAAGGAUUUUUUCUUUUGUUGUUUUUUGUUUUCCGUGUGUCUUUUGAGUUCUAGCGGCUGGCAGGAUGCUGACGGUGACGCUGAGGACGCUCCAGCAGCAGACGUUCAAAAUUCACAUCGACGCCGAGGAGACGGUGAAAGUGUUGAAGGAGAGAAUCGCAGAGGAGCGAGGAAAAGAUGUUUUUCCCGCUGCAGGGCAAAAACUCAUCUAUGCAGGCAAAAUCUUGAACGACGACACGGCACUGAAAGAAUACAACAUCAGUGAGAAGAACUUUGUGGUUCUCAUGGUUGCCAAGCCCAAAGCAGCCCCCGCCUCUCAAACCCCCCCAAAGCCAACGCCCCAAUCCGCACCGCCGCCCUCUUCCUCGUCAACGUCAGAACCGACAUGUUUAUCCUCAUCCUCGCUCUCCUCAUCCGUUUGCGUCCCCACACAAGAAGCCGCCGCCACGUCGUCGGAAGUGCCACCGCCGCCCGCCCCGGAGAACACCCCCACCACCUCUCCCGAAGAUGCGUCCCCACCGUCGGCCGCCGCCAAAGAUCCUCCCGAUGCCGGAACCGCCACGACGGACAUCGAGAAGCCUGAUGACGCGCCAACGACGGAAGCGGAAAGUCGAGCGUCCGUCCAGACGUUAGCUUCCAGCCUGGCAGAUGAGCUGGGCCUGCUGGAAGAGGCGGCGUCUAUUCUCGUGACGGGCCAGGCCUACGAAAACCUGGUGUCGGAGAUCAUGUCCAUGGGCUACGAGCGCCAGGCGGUGGUGUCGGCACUGAGGGCCAGCUACAACAACCCGGACCGCGCCGUAGAAUAUUUACUCACUGGCCUCCCCGCUGCCGAAGCCGGCGGUGAUACGCCAGCACUUGGGGACUCUCCGUCGGGCCCCCCUGCCGUCCCGGCCCCCGUGACGCAGACGCCGCCACCAGCGGACGCAGAGCGCCCGUUGCUGGGUGGUGUCACUCCGUCGGCACAGAACCCGCUGGAGUUUCUGAGAAACCAGCCUCAGUUCCAGCAGAUGCGUCAAAUCAUCCAGCAGAACCCAUCUCUGCUGCCCGCCCUGCUGCAGCAGCUGGGCCGAGACAACCCGCAGCUCCUACAGCAAAUCACACAGCACCAAGAGCGAUUUGUCCAGAUGCUCAACGAGCCUCAAGGUGGCAGCGCAGGCGGCGGCGGCAGUGACAACGGCGGCAAUGGCGGCGGCGGUGGCGAACCACGGGCGCCGUCUCGUGCCAACUACAUCCAGGUCACACCGCAGGAGAAAGAGGCCAUUGAGAGGUUAAAAGCGCUGGGCUUCCCCGAGGGUUUGGUCAUCCAAGCCUAUUUUGCCUGCGAGAAGAAUGAAAAUUUGGCCGCCAACUUCCUGCUGCAGCAAGCCUGGGAUGACGAGUAGAUUUUGGUCGGGUUUGCGUGCAUCCCGCCUUGGCUCUCUGUCAGGCUCCGAUUAGCUUUUGUGUGUGCAGGAGCAGCGUCGCGGUUGAUUAAUUGAUUGAUGCAUAUAUUGAAUAAAUGUCACCUUUCAUGCUUUCUU